AUUCAUCUAAGCAAUAACAUUUGCACUUAGAGGAAUUUGUUAGCUUGUCAGAAACAACUUGUUUCAGAAUUUAAUAUAUUUAUAACUCAUUUCUUCAGAUAUUGAUCAAAUGGCUUCUGCAGCUCCAUCUCGCCUUGUGGUCCUUGCUAUUUCAAUGGUUUUGUUUUCCUCAGUUGCUAUGGCUACUGAUUUCGUGGUGGGUGGUGAGAAAGGUUGGACUCUUGAUUUUAACUACACAGAGUGGGCACAAGACAAAGUUUUCCAUGUUGGUGACAACCUUUUGUUCAAUUACGAUAACACGAAGCACAAUGUGGUGAAAGUGAAUGGAACACAGUUUCAAGAGUGCAGCUUCGCACCAGAUAACGAGGUACUAUCGAGUGGAAAGGACACAUUAACCUUGAAAGCGGAAGGAAAGAAGUGGUACGCUUGUGGGAAAGCUAAUCACUGCGCUGACCAUCAAAUGAAGUUCGCCAUCAAUGUUUUGGCCGCAGGUCCUGCACCAGCUCCUUCUUCUGCUAAUUCUGUCAUGGCUUCUCUAUCUGGGGUUCUCGUCUUUGCCAUCGCAGCUAUCUUUGCGUGAGAGACACGUGCCACUUCAGCAUGUUGCCACGUCAUCUUUGUCUUAGACUUUUUUGUUUUGACUUUUCAUGGUUGUUGAAUGAAUUAUGAUGACUUAUUUUGUUGUUGUUGUUGUACCCUUAUCUCAAUAAGACGUCUAAUUUGAUUUGGAAUGCAAGUCAAGUUGUUUCUUGUGGAAAACAGCAUAGUCUUGCUGUUACAA